UGCCCUGUUUUUAAAAUACUCACAAGUUGCAGCUUUGCGUAAGACCGGAGUUGCCAUGCUGUCCACUUUGCUGAUGGAUGCGCUCAUGUUUCUGUCGGUCCUCCACAUUGUAGCCACUCAGCAGAUCACGGGUAAGUUUCCGGAUCCGUGCACAGCUUACAUCAGUCUGAAUGAGCCCUGGAGGAACACCGACUACCAUGUCAACAACUCUGCUGGUGUGCCCUUGUGUGACCGCCAUGUAGCCGGUCAGUGGUAUCGCUUCACUGGAAUGGCGGGUGAUGCCAUGCCCACCUUUUGCAUCGAGGAGAACCACUGUGGCACCCACGCACCCAUCUGGCUCAACGGCAGUCACCCGCUGCCUUCUGAAGGCAUCGUCACGUUGCCGACAUGCGCAAGCUUCAAUGAUGAUUGUUGCCAUUGGCGUGGGAUGGUGGAUGUGAAAGCUUGUCCCAGGGGUUACUAUGUAUAUCGCCUGCCCCGCCCAUCAGUGUGCUUUCAUGUGUACUGUGGCCAUUUCUACGACAUCUGUGAUGAAGUGGAGUGCACUGGUCCAGGGUGUCCCCUGCAACUAGAGUGCCAUUGUCCUGCUGGGACUGUUCUGGGGCCAGACUCCCAGACGUGUCUUGACCUAAAUGAGUGUGAGAGAAGCAAUGGCGGAUGUGCUGAGAUGUGUGUGAACACUAGGGGCUCAUGGCGGUGUGAGUGUGGCCCAGGCCGUGUACUGGAUGCUGACGGACGGACCUGCAAUGAGAUUGCAGGUUGCCACAACGUAAAUGGAGGGUGUAGCCACGGCUGCUCGUCGGAGGCUGAGUCGUAUUACUGUCACUGUCCAAGAGGACUAACACUGGGGGAGGACAAGAAAAGCUGCCAGGUGCCCGUGCUGUGCAAUCCCAGCUCUAUUGAUGUGUCUGUUCCCAAAGACCUUGUGGGUGGCCUGGAGCUCUUUUUGUCAAAUUCCUCGUGUCGUGGAAUCUCUAACGGCACUCACAUCAACCUUCAUUUCAGCCUGAAGACCUGCGGCACUGUAGUCAAGGUUAUUGAUGACAAAAUUAUUGGCACAAAUCUGGUCACUGGACUGCCAAAGUCAAGCCCAACCAGCAACGGAGAGGUAAUUGUACGCACCAGCAAACUUUUGCUACCCAUCACGUGCGAGUUCCCGGGUCACUACGAGGUAUCGGAUGGUUACCUUCCCAGUCUACACAACUCUGCCCUGGAGCUAUCGGCACACAGUGAGGGCAUCUUUCCCUUCACGCUCGAGCUGUUUAAGAACUCGGAGUUCUCCGAGCCGUACAACAGUCCUCCUCAGCUGCGCUUACGUGACGCGCUGUAUUUCGGCGUGGAGCCACGUGAGCGUGUGGAGGGCCUUGCUGCUCUUGUGGAGACCUGCUUUGCUACGCCUGGCCCUAAAGCUGACCAAGUUCUCAAAUAUUACCUCAUUAAAGACGGCUGUGUUUCAGAUGAGACCGUACGGCAGCUUUCGGCUAAAGAUCAGCUCUCCAAACAUUACCAGGUUCCUGUCUUCAAGUUCAUCGGCAGUGACAAUGGGGAGGUCUACCUGCACUGCCGGGUGCUAGUGUGUGGUGAGGGAGAGUCACGCUGCACGCAAGGCUGCCGCAGACGUCUGAGACGAGACCUCUGGUCCGAACAACACCAAGAGAAACGCACCCUCAUCGGAGGACCCAUUGUCAUUCUGCCAGAUCCGUAAACCACCCAUCCACACACACACGCACACACACACACACACACACACAUUUGCCAUCCACCAUUCUGUAACCUCUGAUUGUGUGUUUAUUCGAGCAUUAUCCUGUUUAUCACUAUCCAUUAUUCUUUAUUCUGCCAGCUGCAACCAGAAGGAUUAAGAAUUAUCAACGUUACUCAAAUGCACUGACGACAUACACGUGUAAGGUGUGUCUGAGCCAAUAGCGCACUCCUUUACUCCAGUAUACUGUACCAUCAUACAAUCAUUAACGGAAGCAUGAAGCCUGAACAGUGAUUAUGCAAGCUUUACAUUUAUGUCUAUUACAAAUAAUCAUUGCAUACACUUUUGAUAUACAAGUGCACCUUUUUUUUAAAUAAAGGAAUACGCAUAAUAAAUGA